AUGCUGGAGAAGCUGGGCGCUAGCGAGGAGGGGUCGUUUUUGUCCACGGCCAGCUGGGGCUGGUGGAGACAAAAAGGAGCCUCGGGCGGGUGUGGCUGUUGGCGCGAUGGGCAACAGAAAACGACCGGACCGGGCUCGGACUGGGCGCGUAAAGGCGGCCAGGUACUGCUAAUACAGGACUGCGACGGCACAAAGCCAAUGCGGCGGGAGAGGAAGAUGCGGGAGAGUGAGAGGAAAUAUCAGGACGGAUCUAUGCUUGGUCGGAUGGAAAUUGGGGUUCCUCUUGACCUUCCUCUGAUCAGGGGGGAUGGGAGUGGUGCAACAGCCGAUCAGCUCGCUGCACCCCGCCCAGUGCCAAAGAUAGCAGCUAAGCCGAUCGCCAUGGCAGGCCUAGCCCUCCUGGAUGCCUGGAGGCAAUGGGACCGGCAGCCGCCCAAUGCCAGCAACACCAGCAUCUCCUCGCUCGAGGGCCCUCUCACUACCACCCACAGCGGUCGAGGUCCGCAUGCGACCAACCAGACCAAUCCUGGUGGUUGCAUGCCCAAGCCCGUCGGGUAG